AUGGAGCAGCUUGUCAACUUUAUAAUACGGCCUCCCAGAGCUGAAUACAACCCAGAUAAUGAUCUAUUGGAUCAAGAAUUCAUGCUGAAAGGGAAAUGGUACCAAAGAAAGGAUAUAGAGGUUAAAAACAGCAGGGGAGAUGUUCUACGGUGUAGUCAUUACGUGCCCCUGGUUAGUCCUGAAGGAAAACCUCUGCCCUGUGUAAUAUACUGCCAUGGGAACAGUGGCUGCAGGGCUGACGCUAGUGAAGCUGCUAUAAUCUUGCUGCCUUCAAAUAUUACAGUUUUCAGUCUUGAUUUUUCAGGAUCUGGGUUAUCUGGAGGAGAGCAUGUCACCUUGGGUUGGAAUGAAAAGGAUGAUCUAAAAGCAGUGGUUGAUUAUUUGCGGGCAGAUGGAAAUGUCUCUUUGAUUGGCUUAUGGGGCCGCUCAAUGGGUGCUGUUACCAGCCUAAUGUAUGGAGCUGAGGAUCCUUCAAUUGCGGGAAUGGUUCUUGACAGUCCCUUUUCUGACUUGGUUGAUCUGAUGAUGGAACUAGUGGAUACAUAUAAAUUCCGUUUGCCCAAGUUCACAGUUAAGUUUGCAAUCCAAUACAUGCGAAAAGCUAUCCAGAAAAAGGCAAAGUUUGACAUAACGGACCUUAACACCAUCAAGGUGGCAAAAUCUUGCUUUGUCCCUGUGCUGUUUGGGCAUGCUGUCGAUGAUGAUUUUAUACGCCCUCAUCACUCAGAUCGAAUAUUUGAAGCUUAUGUGGGUGAUAAGAAUAUUAUCAAAUUUGAGGGAGAUCACAACUCUCCUCGCCCUCAAUUUUACUUUGAUUCCAUAAAUAUUUUUUUCCACAAUGUCCUGCAACCUCCUGAGGAUGAGGUGGGGGCAAAUCUUUAUGAUUCAAUACAUGAUUACUUUGGUAAGGGUAGUUGGGCUGUCCCUAAAGUAGGUUUUCUCCCAGAGUCUUCAGCUGCAUCUAAAGAGCCAGCAACUAGCAGCACAGCAGAUGCCAUUAAAGAAGUUCGUUCUAAAAGACCUAUGAGUCGAACGGAGGUUCCUUCUGAUAUCCCAUCUAAAGAAAAUCACACUGAAUGUCAGGAGAAAGACAACGUUGAUGAUAAUGGUUCGUCAUCAUCCAAUAUGAUAAGCUUUGAAUUAUCCAAUGGUAAUCCAUUUGGCCCACAUGUGCCAACAACAAUGGAUGAUGAUCAGUAUGUGGAAUAUCAACUGGAUGACUUGACAGGUUUUCCAUGUAAUGUGGAGGAGGAAGAAAGGAUGUUCAUGGAAGCCAUAAUUGAGUCCUUAAAGGACUUGGAGACACAGCGUCCUCAGAUAGAAGACCAACCCAAAGCUUGUGCUGAUUCUUCAGAGUCUUUACGGAAAGAUGAUAUAAAUAGCCGGGAUACUUCUUCCACCACAGAAAAGUGCAGUUCCUUGCCCCCACAGUCCACUUCCACUCCAGUGGAGCAUCAGGCACCCUUUGAGACAGAAUCCAAAUUAGUAAUCAAUGGCUCCAAUGUUGCCCAUGAGCACACAUCUCCCUCGACUUGUGUGUUAUCCGUGGGACCUGCAUUUGAUACUCCUCCAUCAACCAUUGAAUCAGGGAGCACAGUGACCUCUGCUCGAAGUGAUUCCUCGGGAAGCAUCCAAAGUUCAUCUGAUGCAGACAUGUCAGCUAGCACAAAAGCCACUGUAACAGUUGUACGAAACCCCUCUACUAACAUCAUGGAUGGCUUGAUGCGUCGCUGGGAUCUCAACUUCUUUCGAAACAGUCGAUGAAAGUUAAAUGACCAUAUUUGAACAGCCUGGUGAUGUAUUAUUUUGUAACUAAGAUAGGGUAGGAAUUUUAGCAUUGUAAAAUGUUCAACGGAAAGGAAAGGCAACAAAAAAAAAAGAGGAAAAAGGGGUAAAAAAGGGUUUGUCAUGUGUUACGAAAUAUGAUUAUAUUGGCAUUGGCUUUCAUUAUCUAUUGUUUUCUCUGGAAAAAGAUGUAAUGAUUUUUUGCACAAUUGGAUAACUUUCUGUUAAUACCAUUACCAAAACAUCUUUGCUUUGCUCGUUGGUA